AUGUCAAUUAGUUUUGAUUCGGAAGAGAUACCUCAAGAACCGAUUCCACUUGUCUAUAGAGUUUUUGAUGAUAAGAACAGGAGAAAUCGAGUUGACCGUGAUCCAAUCAGAAUACAAAACAAUAGAUUGGCAGUUUCACCUAAUGCAACUCGAUUAAUAUCUCGGAAAGAAAUCAGUGCGACUCCAGAUUUCGAACAACAAUCUGGAACAGCUGCCACGUUAAGUGGCUCAUCUCAUGAAUGGAAAGUGUCUAUAAUUCCACGUGGACAGAACAACAAGCCGACAGGUGUCAAUUCAAUCCCUCCGUUCACUAUUGAUGGGAAGGCGGAUGAGAGAUUCAACAAGUUUUAUAGAACCAUCGACAGUGUAAUCAAUAAAUUGGAUUUGACAAAUAGUGGAGACCAGAAAGCAAGAGAAAAGGAGCCACAGAUUAGAUUGGAGGGAAACACAAAAGACCUCUCGGUCGAAUCGUCUGCAGUCGUCAUCGUUCCCCGUACAACCGUCGCUCCAGGUGUCACAAAUAAAGUCAGUGUGAUACCAUUCCGUCCCUUACAUUUCACAGCUCCGCCCAAGAAUGGACCCCCAGGAGUGUCUCCUCCUCCGGCACCCGGAGGACAGUGUGGCGUUGCACCUGACUUCACACCGUGUGUUAGCAAUGAAAUCGCCAGUAAAUCUCUGUUAGAGUGCUGUAAGAGGAAGAAUCUACCAGCAGGAUGUCAACAGUUGUGUCGAUAUGAUAUCACGCAGGCGGAGAUCCGCGCAGCCAUGGAUCGUGGUCAAUGCGGAAUAUUCAAUGUUGCUCCAUUCUUGAAAUGUGCUUCCCAGGGAAAAGACAAUUCCGAGUGUUGUCGACAUCGUGGAAUCGUUCAGAAGACUGGCCCCCAAUGUGAACAAUUCUGUCGCCCCACUCAAGGAUUAUCAGCUCUCGGAGUUCAACAUAUUGAAUGUCACCAACGGAGUAAACAUCAUUCGAAAUGGGUUAUAAACGUGGAUAUUGAUGAGAGAUUGGUUAUUUUGGAUGAUAAAAUAAAAUCAGUUGGAAGUUUACUGAGUGGGUAUAAUGAUACAGUUGCUGAGGUCGGAUUUGCGAUUCGAAGAAUUCAGAAGACGGAGAAACUGCCGGAAAAAUAUGAAAGUGAUGAGCAGAUAUUCUUCGAAAUGGAAUUCCUCAAAUACAACGUGUCUUCUCCAAUCACUUGGGGUGCCUACAAAACUAUUUAUCGACCAGAAAAGAUAUCAGCAAUGUAUUAUCAUUGGGCAUAUCAAAGGUAUCCGGGGACAGUGGCUGAGUAUGUGAAAAGUGAAGUUGCGCUGUUCAGACACUACCGUACCACGGAGAAGAAUAUCCUUGGCGCUGGAUGGCUGACUGAUCCAAAUUACAAAAACUUUUCGAUUGUUCCGGAAGAGAUGAAAUUUGCAGAGAAACUGAAGGAGAAUGUACUGAAAAAGAUCAAAUAUGUAUACGAUCAACGGGUUUUGUACUGUGAGGAGAUAGCAGAGAUACCGUAUGAAGAGUAUAAAGAAUUUGGACAUGACAUCUUUAAUUGUACAUUUCGAAAUGAGACUGGUAGUAAUAAAAAUGUUGAUUGA